CACAAGUCCUGAGGUCUUUAAAAGGAUCUUCCUGGGGAAUUUGGCUCCUCUGAGCAUUGUGACAUUCACCCUGAUUGUAGUGGCAAGUCCAACGGCCGUUCAGCUGCAGCUGGCAUCAUGAAGGCUUGUGUCCCUCUUAUAGUGGCCAUGCUCUGUGGCCUGGCCUGGGCUGGAAACCUGGAAUCGUGCGCAUCUCGCUGCAACGAGAACUUUAACCGCGACGCUGCCUGCCAGUGCGACCGUCGGUGCCCCUACCACGACGAUUGCUGUGCCGACUACGAGCAUCUGUGCGCUGCUGAGGAAGGCCCCCCAGAGCCAAAGGCGUUCCUGGACCUAGAGGAUGAGACACCAGCCAGCCAUCUGUACUCUGCGCCAAGCUCCUGCCAGGGCCGCUGCCGGGAAGACUAUGACAAGCACCUCGCUUGCCACUGCAAUGACCGCUGCCAAGAGUUUGGGGACUGCUGUGAGGAUUUUGACAGUGUGUGUGGAGACCACGAGGGCUUCUCCCACAGCAGUGACGCCGUAACCAAGGAGGAACUUCAGAGUAUCUCUGAGACGAUCUACAGGGUGGAUAUCAAUAAAGCCCAGAAGAAAGACAUUGUCAUCAACAGUCAAAACCACAUCUCCCAGUCAGAGACAGGAAACCAAGUGGAUCGAUGCCCGGAGCCGCUCUUCACUUACGUCAAUGAGAAACUGUUCUCCAAGCCCACCUAUGCAGCCUUUAUCAAUCUACUCAACAAUUAUCAGCGGGCCACGGGCCUUGGGGAGCACUUCAGUGCUCAACAGAUGGAGGAGCAGGAUAUCUUCCUCAGGGAAGUCAUGAAGACGGCUGUCAUGAAGGAGCUUUAUGGCUUUCUCCAUCACCAAAACCGCUACAGCUCUGAACAAGAGUUCGUGGACGACUUGGAGAACAUGUGGUUUGGGCUCUACUCAAGGGGCAAUGGAGAAAGGGAUUCGAGUGGCUUUGAACACGUCUUCUCAGGCGAAGUGAAAAAGGGCAAGGUCGUUGGCUUCCAUAACUGGAUCCGCUUCUACCUGCAGGAGAAGAAGGGUCUUCUUGAUUACUACAGCCACAACUACGAUGGGCCUUGGGAUUCCUACCCCGAUGUCCUAGCCAUGCAGUUCAACUGGGAUGGCUACUACAAGGAAGUGGGCUCCGUUUUCAUUGGCAGCAGCCCUGAGUUCGAGUUUGCCCUCUACUCUCUGUGCUUCAUCACCAGGCCAGGCAAAAAGUGCCACUUAAGCCUGGGUGGCUAUCCUUUGGCCAUCCAGACCUACACCUGGGAUAAGACCACCUACGGAAAUGGCAAGAAGUACAUUGCCACAGCCUAUGUGGUGUCCUCUACCCACUAGAGCUUGCAGCCAGAUGGGGUACGAGGGCAGAGAGCCAAGAAGGGUCCCGGUGCUAUUUGCUCUUUACUGGGGAGGGGAGGGAGGAUCUGGGAGGAACCCCAAAGCUCAGUUUUAUGAAAGGAACCUCAACUCUAGAAAUGCCCACAUGGGAGAGAAAAGAAGAUGCAAUUAGAGAAGGCAGAAAAUCAGCCAAACUUUGUCUUCUUGUAUUUUGGCAACAUGAACUAGGAAAUUGAGCUCUCUCUGCCUAGAGAGGGUAGCAGCCCUCAAGAGCUCUAUGGUACAGUGAGGCCAUGAGCAAUUCCUUGGCCUCACACUUGCCCCUAAUGUGAAGGGGAAGGGUCUUCCCCUUUUCCUCCUUGGAGCUUGGGGAGGGGGUAAUGCUCUCAGAACUGUGACUGUGAAGGGGUCUUCAGGUGUUUGUAGGAAGAACAGGUAGUAGAAAUUCGGGAUUACCAAAUGGCUGUCACUGCACAUAGCUCUGCAGCUGCAUCUCAGCCUUGUGCUGGGCCCCUAAGCACCAAGCAGGCGAAUCUCAGGGAAUCAGCCCCAUGCCAGUGCAGAGUUGUGGGUUGGGGCAGUGAGAGGGCUAGGGCAGGCGGACUCCUCAGUCCUAAAUGCCUGUGUGUCCAACUCAGCAUCUGCUUCUAGAAGUUUCCCUGAUUACAGAUGUUUAGUGCAGUUACACGCCCGUAUUUUGAUCCCACAUAGUGUUUUGUUUUGUUUUGAACGAAUUCCCCUUGUAAGGGGGAAGAUUGAACAUCAAAAGAAGAAAAGAAUCUAUAGCUUGGUGUCACAGACAAUUAUAUUAAUGUUUAUCCAGCUGCCAUAAUUUGAAACACUCUAGGCUGGGAGAAAAGGGACCCCAGAUUCCUGUUUCAACCCCAGUGACGUAUUUAUUCCCUCCUGAUGCUCAGGAGCCAGAUGUGGCCCUGCAGAGCCAGGCUUGUACCACAGCUUAGAAGCAUCAAGUUUCAAAUUAAAGCCACUGGAGAAAUC